AUGUCUGCAGCACUGGCUCGGAGCUUGCUGAGAAUUCCCUGCAGGCUGAGCAAGUGUGACCUAUCUACCAUAUUCACUACAAGCAUCCAGCAUACUUCCUUGGAAGCCAAGGUCAAGGCAGCAGAGCUCGAUUACGUGAAGGUGUUUCGUCGUUUGCUGGCCAUAUUACCAAGGGAACCUGAGGUGAAGACUGUCAUCUUGGAUUUUGAGCUAGCAACGUGGAAAGCUCUUGCGAAGGUUCUACCUGCCGUCCGUCUUCGUGGAUGCCUUUUCCACCUAACCCAAGCGGUCUGGAGAAAAUGCCAGGAAUUUGGUCUGCAGAUUGCCUACCAGAAGGAUGAUGCCGUACACAAGUUUGUUAGGAAACUCAUGGCCCUGCCGUUUUUGCCUUCGGAACACAUUCCGAGGAUGUUUGCCAAGAUUGCGGACCGGGUGGAGAGACAUGGACCACUGAAUCAGCUGAUCAUAUAUUUCAGGCGUCAGUGGAUGGAGCAUCAAGUUUUCGAGCCAUCUACGUGGAGUGCUUACCGCGUGACCAUCCGCACCAACAACCACGUCGAAGGAUGGCACCGACGGAUGAAUGGCAAGGUUGGGGAGCAAGCUCUGGGUAUUUAUAGACUUAUACCAGAGCUACACCGAGAAGCUGCCCUCCUGCAGAUCCAGACACGCCUAAUCUUGGAGGGGAGACUCAGGUCUUACCUAAGGAAAGCUGCAACAGCACGUCAGGAAGAGAUCUUUGCCGUCUGGAGAAUGUACAAACGAACAGACCUGACACUCAGCCAGCUGCUCUCCAGGUGUGCCAUGAUCCACGGACCAGUCAUCCAAUGAAAACGUGAUGCAGAACGUGAUGAACUGUUAUUGAUGAGAUAAACUGAUCGUGUUAAAUAAAAACCAAAAAAACUA